ACGGCUCAGGAACUUCUUUGUCGCCGCCCCCCUCCCCCACACACCGUCGCAUGCUGCGGGAAAGGAGAACAAAGACUUUGUUGUGAAAAGAUGGCUUCGAUUUGGCAAGAGAUGCUUUUGACUCUUUUGUCUCUUCUCGCGUCUGUCAUCGUUGUGCUUCUCAUCGUAGUUGUAGGAUGGUUCCUGGUCUGGAAGCUGUUUCUGUCCAGGUUCAAGUUUGUACAAGAACUUCUCAACGGCAGUGCCAAGGAGAAGGCAGAGACAAAGGACGAGCAGCCGAGGCAGUCUGGAUACCGACUCCGCUCCAGAACCAGAGCCAUGAGGGAACAACAGCCUUCUUCAUAAGGACAUGAUGAUGUAUUCUUUGUACAUACAUAACAUAUACAUGCAUCAGUGUUCUCAACAGAAUGUUUUUACAGUGUAGGGGUCAGGUACAGAAGGACAACUUUCUGUGGUGCAAGCUGUGCAACGAGUCCAAAAAACAUGACCAUAGCAGGAGGUCUUGAUAAUUGUUCUAUAUAAGAUUACGUCAGAUAGAAUUAUGUCAAGCAAGCUACUUUGGGCACUCUAUUUGGACAGACUGUAAAUCAUGUACAUGUAUGCAAGAGUAUGCAAGAGCACAUUAUUUGGCACCCUCUCUUUGGUAAACACAUAAGAAAACAUACUGCAAAUACUUUGUAUGUUGUUUAUUUGUACUCAUCAGUGCUACAUAAAUGCCCAGUAUGGAGAUGUUUCUUAAACGCCUUUUGUAUGUCCAGUUCUCAGUAAAUUUUGGACAAUGUUGUUGGAACAUUCAAAACUUCUUCACUAGAAAGAUGUUGCUUGUGUACUUGUAAAGCCAGUAUUUUAUUUCGCUAAAAGUGCAAAUUUUUUUGCUAUAAUAUCUUUUAGCCUUAACCUCAUUUAUAUGUCAAUUUGUUAACAAAUACCUGUGCAACUAUAGGUCCAGUUAUACGUGUAGUCACUGACCAAAAUUAGUGGAUGCUACUUGAAACUUCUGACAUUUUUUUAAAAAUCUAUCCAGUUGCUUGAGUAACUGUUUCCUUGUGCAUAUCUUAUACUGUUGUGUAGUAUCUACUAUUAAAAGCUCAAAGGAAUUUUGUACAUUUACACUGUUACCUGCCUGACUAUUCAAUCAGUGGUAUGGUCAGCUGAAUGAAUACAGGGACUCAUUUAUUCAUGUUCCAAAAAGGGAACUUCAAAGAUGUACAGAGAAAGGAUUUUGUAAAUGUAUUCUUGAAGUAAAUGUGUUUUGGCAGCUGUUGAAAACUCAUCAAAAUGCAGUACAUAUUAACAAUCUACACUUGCGUAUAAUUCCCAUCGUAGUAGAUCUCUGUCGAUUUUUUUCAAUGUUUUACCACAGUUCACAGUGAAACAAUGUAAUAUUAUGUGACUUAUUUAUAGGAAGUGUUGCACAUAAAUGUAUGUACUUUUAGUUUACAAAUUCAUUUAUUGAUGUUGGUGGUGGUUUUUGAUACUGUUUAAUGCAAAAUAUGUACAUCCUAGAGAAUUAUUUUGUGUGACAAUAAACAAGGGGCUGGCCCUUCUUUGUGCAUA